CGGGGAAUUUGCUCCGGGGACAACACAGUGGCUGUUCUGCCGUCAUAUCUUAUCAGCAUCUUUUCUUUCCAAUGCUUUACAUCCACCACCACCUGGAAACGAAAGAUACAAACGGAACAUUCAUGUUUUAGUUUUGCAAAACUGUCUUCGAAUAUGAGAAAUAGUCUCGAUACCCUCCCCGAUGAAAUUCUACACUUGAUAUUGCAAUAUAUUGAUCCUUAUGGAUGCUUGGCGCUGGAAAAGACUGCUCGGCGAUUCCUGAAUAUUACAAAGGAACCGUCAUUAUGGCGCCACUAUUGCAGGACGCUGUUCCUUUACUGGGACAAAAAGUACGAUAUCCAAACAAAAAUGCACCAGCCGCCAUCUUCUGUUGACUGGAAAGGGCUGUAUGCCCAGAGGCACAAAGUUGACAUGGCCACAACCCAGGCUCUAAACGACCUUCUUUCGAGCCAGAGCGGCCGAAUUCAAAAAGUUCGACAGAUUAUGGACUUUGGCUACGAUGUAAAAGAUACCCUCUUACGUCAAGCACAAGCCCAACCCCACCAGGAUGACCACCUGGCCCGAAGAUAUUACAGUAAAAUGAUGAUGAACUGUCUUCGACGUAACAUGGCUAUAUCUGAAUGGGUCAGGUUGAAAGGAGACGAAGCCGUUUCUCUUGAGCGCGCUUUGGGAUGCUUUGAUCUCUUCAUUCCCCAAAGCCAAAUUGGUAGCUUAGAUGAGAUCGGUGCAAUUCUUGAUACAAUUGCAGAGAACUUAUCGAAUGAGAACCCACGCAUUGGUGAUCUUACACCCCGUGAGAGGGCAUCAUAUAUAGCAUCAUAUUUGCACAUCAAUAACCUCACUGGGAUUCGAGCUGGUAGGGAGUAUCAUAGCAUCGAGCACAAUUUUCUCGGCAUUGCUCUGACGGAUCCAAAUCACAACUCAUUACCUUUGAUAUCGGCUGCGAUAUUUUGCUACAUUGCGCAGCAUUUUCAUCUCAACGCACGGCCAUGUGGAUUUCCAUUUCAUGUGCAUGUGAUCAUACACCCUGUGCCUGGCUUUGACAUGGAAGGGCGUACUUUGAAUGGCGACGAGAUUGGAGCCCCGAUUUAUAUGGAUCCGUUUCGAUCCGGCGAGGAAACACGCGUUGAUGAUCUUCAGAACCAAUUGAACUAUUUGGGAGCUUCUCCAUUGGAGCAAUCGACAUUUCUUGGGCAGUCGCUAUCAUCUGAAAUUGUGUUGAGAUGUGGAAGGAAUAUACUAAACUCAUUGAGAGUCAUGCCCGAGCCUCCAGAUCAUGAAUCCUUGAAACUCGACUUUAUAAGUGCUGGCUAUGCUAGUCUUUGGUCAAUAAUACUAGUUACCCCACGAUCAAGAUUGGCGGAAAUCAGACGACAUAUCCCAUGGUUCAUGGAUCUACUUGAUAGGGAUUACCAUUGGGACAUCUUUUUGGUUGAGCAACACAUUCUUCCUCUCUUUGAAGAGCUCCCGGAAUACGAAAAUUUCAGAGAAAGCCUACAUAUCAUGCAAGCUGUUGAUGAGAUGCCAAGGCGCGUACGAAAGCGUGAAGCUGAGAACAAAAACAUUAGAUAUCGAGUGGGGGAGGUUUUCUGCCACCGACGCUAUAAAUACAGAGCAAUAAUCAUAGGUUGGGAUGCAGAGUGUGGAGCUGGAGAACAAUGGAUGAGACAAAUGAAUAUUGAUCAACUCCAAGCCGGGAGACAUCAGAGUUUCUACCAUGCCCAUGUCGAGGACAGGAGUGUGCGAUAUGUUGCGGAGGAGAAUAUAGAGAUUAUCAGACCUACAUUAUCAGAACUUCCAACAAGUCUCAUGGCCGUUGCUGGCAAACAUUUCAAACGCUGGAACGAACAAGAGAGAAGAUUUGUGAGCAAUAUCAAGGACGAAUAUCCGGAUGACUAAAUAUUUAUUAGUUAUAAGCUAAUCAAAUAUAUGAGUAUAUAACGUAUUCCACAGGCUUUCUGUGCAGCUGCC